AUGAAGAAGGACGAAGGAUCAUGUACUCAAUCGCUCCCGGCCGAACCUUAUCCAAUCGGCUCCCAGGGAGGCGGUGAGUCUUUAGAUGAGAGCCAGAUCACAGCACCAUCAUCGACAGAUGCCGUGCCGGAAAUCAGAUUAGCGACUCUUCCCGACGGAGGAUUGAUAGCCUGGCUUCAAGUUUCUUGUGCUUUCGCGCUGUACUGGAACAGCCUGGGCCUUCUCAACGGCUUCGGUGCUUUCCAAACUUACUAUGAAACGACACUGCUCACAAGCGAGUCAUCUUCAGCCAUUGCAUGGAUCGGCUCGGUCCAAGUCUUUUUCCUCAUGGCCGGCGGCGUAAUCUUUGGUCCGCUCUAUGACCUUGGCUACGCUCGAUCAAUGUUGAUAACAGGCACGUUCCUCGUUGUCUUCGGCUUCAUGAUGACCAGCAUUAGCACGCAGUACUACCAGUUCCUUCUUGCACAAGGUUUCUGCGUUGGGAUCGGUUCCAGCUGUCUAUACAUUGUCGCCAUUGCCUUGGUACCAGCCUAUUUCACGGUCAGGAGGGCGUUGGCAAUGGGGAUUGCAACCGUUGGAAGCAGUCUAGGAGCAACCCUCUAUCCGCUCAUCUUCGAGAACCUGCAGCCUCGCAUCGGUUUCCCAUGGACAGUUCGAGUAAUUGGCUUUAUUACCUUAGCCAUGUCGCUUUAUGCUGUGAUUGUAGCACGACCUAAGAUCAAAGGGGCCGGAGGCCGGAUAACGAAGAAAAGCUCGCUGAAAGAGAUUGCCGAAAUUGCCGGGCUUUCAGAUUCUCGAUACAUGGUUCAAUGUAUCGCCAUUUUCUUCAGCAACCUGGCCUUCUUCCAACCUCUCUACUAUAUUCAAAGCUACGCGCAAUCACACGGCAUGCAGGGUAUGGCUCUGGCUAAAUACCUACUCGUAAUACUCAACGCAGUUGGUAUUCCGGGACGCAUUAUACCUUCUCUCAUUGCCGACCGAUUUGGUGUACUCAAUACGUACAUUGGCAUCUGUACCAUGGCAGCCAUUACGAUCUUUUAUUGGAUAAGCGUGACCAACACUGCUGGGAACGUGGCAUUCGCCGUGCUGUACGGCUUUUUCUGUGCCAGUGUCGUUACUUUGGCUCCGGUCGUUCUAGCGAGUAUUACCGAUGAUCUUGGAAUACUGGGAACGAGACUCGGGUUCGUUGCAGUAUUGAAAGGAAUUGGUUCUCUCAUUGGGCCACCGAUCGCUGGCGCUAUCUUGGGAUCGACUGGGAGUUAUCUCGGAGUCCAGCUGUUCACUGGUCUGGCAAUGUCGCUCACUGUUGUUUUUGCCGGACAAUUAAGAGUCUUGAUAGCCCGUAGAGAAGCUAAGAAGUCUGAAGAUUGA